AUGGCGCAACCCUCCGUGCAAGGGUUCGGCAGAGACAAGCUCGAUCGACCAAGAGGCCACCACCACGUCGAGGCGUGCAGGAUCCCGGGUGAAAAUUUUCGGUGCGAGGAGAAGAAUUGGCGCGAGAUCAGUUGCAAUGAUGUCGGAGGUGUUGAGGACGGUUGGGAGCUUCACCGGCGGCCGGGACGGGAACAUUUUUCUGCCGCCGCGGCUGUUUUCGACUUGCUUGCUUCUCCGAGGACAACAGCUCAAUUGACCAACGCCCAUGUAAGUUCCAUUUCUCUUUAUCUGCCUGCAUUUACGAGUCUCGACCUAAUUGUGGAAUUUAAUCUGGUCCAUUGUAUCGCCUUUCCCGGUGCCUGUGCUAAUGUUCUCGUAGGCAACUCUAGCUUGACAAUGUCCGCCAAACCACGCGCCUUUCAAAUAUUAUGGUACCGCUGGGCCGGGCAAUCUACUCGUCCUGGCCUUUCAACACACACAAUUGUAUCAUGGCGAUCCUUCAACUCUAGCGCCUUUCGUUGCAAGGCCGCAAAGCCCUCACCAGCGAAGGCUGCGCCGAAAGAAGCCGAGGAACCUUCGUUACAAUUCGCUGGCCGAAGACCAAAGGGGCUUGGUAGCCUGGCGAUGAAGAUAUCGAGAGAGGGGGAGGUGGUAUUAUACAAAGCUCCCUCUCAGAACGUCUACCUCUUCACUGCGUAUAGCCUUGCGGCAGGCUGCUUUGCCUAUUCAGUUUACAACUCCAAAGUGACCUUCCGUGAUCCCAUUGUCCCUCGACCAACGUGGCAGAAAGUUCUCUUCGGUGGUAUCUGUAUUAUGAUGAGCGCCGGUGGCACUUUAUUGCUCACACGAACCGGCAACAUAAUCCGAAGCAUCACCGCGGUCAAGUCUCAAGCCGGGCCCCAGGUCCGCUUCACCGUGCGAUCCAUGAUACCAUUCAAAAAGCCGUUUCAGUUUGAAGUGGUGCCGCAGCAAAUUGCUUUUUCGCGCCGGCUGGUGGUCUCGCCAGAGAACAUGGAGCGUUACCAGAGGGACUCCCAGCGGAUUGGGGGUGCAAACAACCCCCCGCCGAGUUUCUUCAAGUCGCCCGCCAAAAAACUGAGUUAUUUGUUGUGGAAAGUCUUCCAGUCAAUGCGACAAGUCUUCACCACCGAGGAUAUUAUCCUCCUGCAGGUUCAGGGCCAUAACGGCACCUUCCGAAUGGACUCCAAUGGGUUUGUUGCGCGUGAGUUGCUGGCCAUUGGAAAUCCCGUGGAGUACAAUAUGCCAUCGCAGAAUUGA